AUGGCGUCCUUCGCCCCCGUCUACAACCCGCCCACCUCUCACCAGUCUUUUCUCACACGCGAGCAAAAGCGUGAGCGCAAGCGCAAACGAGAUGCGGGCGGCGACGGCGACAACGAUGGAGACGUAUCCUCAGACGAGCAAUCUCCGCUGCCGAAAGACGAAGACGAGGACCAACCCCGAGUGCCGCACCCGGUCAAUAAGACGGAUCCUUACUACGUCGCCGGACAUCCAAGGGAACAGCCUCUGCCUCGUGGAAAUUUCCCGCAUGCCGCAAUCAAGGAAGCCAGGCAGACUGAUGAAGUGCCCAUUGAGGAGGAGAUCGCACGGUUGAACCCGCCUCUUUUCGUGUCGAAAUAUACACCCCAAGACAAGCAUGGCUCGCUCAAACGGCGGCAUCUUGAUAAUUUGACUGCCGUCUUGCAUCAGUGCAUGCUUCGUGGCGAUUGGAAACGUGCGUCUCGUACCUGGGGUCUGAUCCUACGUACUGAAGUCCAAGGUCGCGGUAUAGAUGUCCGCCAGAAUGGACGCUCGUUAGUCGGUGCAGAACUACUCAUGCGACGCAAUCAAACUCUGGAACAGCGGCAAGUACGACCUCCAAGCUCAAGCAGUGCUGAUAGCAACCUACAGCGCAGUAAUCACGAUGAUGAUGCCAUGCUGCCAGUCAUAUCCGACGAGGGCUUCAAGACGGCCCGAGACUACUACGAGCGGCUGAUCUUGCAAUAUCCGUACCUGCAACGGGCACCUCACUCUGCAAUCAAUGCCCUGGCCAUCUAUCCUGCAUUAUUCAAUGUGUGGAUGUACGAAGUACAAAGUCGAGCAGACCGAGCACGUCGAAAGAUUGGUGUGGUGCCUGGUUCUGGCGAGUCUGAUCUUGAUCGCAGUCCGGGGCGCGAUGACGAGAAUGAUGCAGUCGAGCGGAAGAAAGGCUUCAACCAGAUCAGAAACCAAGAACUCCAGCAGGCUGUCCCAAUCGCCCAGCGAAUGGACGAACUCGUCCUGAAUCCGCCGUAUGACAACAGCUUGGAACUCUUGGACCAGCGAGGUAACCUUGCACUCUGGCUGAGCGAGAUGCACCGUGACAUGUCUAAGAUUUACCUGGAAAGCCUGAGCGGUACCUCUUCUGACGACGACGGUCCGCCAAUGAACAGAUACGAGUUUCGAGCGUCCAAGCGAUGGCACGAACAGGAAGCUAAGAAGGAAAGAGAUAAGGCGACAAAGAUCUUCCAGCAACUGGCCGACGCAAAGGUGGAUGUUCCAGAGGAUAUCGUCGCUUUCUUACAAGAGGAUUUCGAAGAAGUACCUGACAAGGAAGACAGCGGUUGA